AUGGCAUCUGAAACGACUCAAUUGAUUCGCAACUAUGAACAACCGAAAAUUUACGAUAGUUUUCCAUCAUCAACAUUUACUAAACCAAUUUAUCGACUAUACCCUGAACGAUGGUACGGACUGGCAAUGAUAGCAUUGUUGAAUAUGUCAAUAAUAUUUUGCUGCUUUAGUUUUGCACCGAUUGCCAACACAUCUGCUAGUUAUUUUGAUGUUUCAUUGACUGCGAUUAACAUGUUGCCAAUGGAAUAUAUGCUAGUUUAUUUGGUGAUGCCACCAUUUUCAAAUGCAAUUCUAGAUAAAUAUGGUGUCAAAUUUGGUCUUUUAAUUGCGGCAACGUUAAAUGCAUUCGGAGCAAUUAUUCGUUACUUCUCCAUUUGUCAGACAGCUCGUCAGACCAAAUUCUUAUUGGUUUUAAUAGGACAGUCAAUCUCUGCAAUAGCCAAUCCAUUUGUUCAAAUAACGCCAACAAAGUAUGUGAUGAUGUGGUUUGGUGAAAAAGAGCGAACAACCGCAACAAUGAUUGCCUCGAUAGCAAAUCCUGUUGCUGGUGCACUAAGUUAUUUUAUUAUUCCGCAGAUUGGUGAUGACACAACAAGGGUCCCUUACGUACUACUAGCAACUGCGGUGUUUGCAUCAAUCUUGGUAUUACCAACGUUACUUAUGAAAGAAAGACCACGAACACCACCAACAUACUCUGCAGUUACACCAUCCGAAAAAAUGCUUCCCGGUAUCAAAAAACUAGUAAAUAAUAAAAAUUUUUGGAUAUUACUGGGUUCAUUUGCCACGAUAAAUGGUUUUCGUAGCGCGUUAUUAGGAUUAUUGAGUGUCAUAUUCGUAUCAUAUGGGUAUAGUGAGAUUGAAGCAGGUAAAAUCGGAACAAUAAUGAUCAUAUCAGGAAUAGCAGGCGCCAUCUCAUUGAGUCUUCUCGUUGACAAAUAUCAUGUGCAUCGAUUCGUUCUUAAAAUUUGUGCGCCAAUUAUAGGACUCUUGUUUUUCUCACUUGUAUUUAUAGUUAGAGAAGAUAAUUUGUAUUUCAUCGAAUCUGUUUGUGCAAUUAUCGGAUUUCUUCAGCUAAGUUUGAUCCCAAUAUUUCUGGAAUUGGCUGUUGAAUGUUCAUACCCCAUAUCAGCUAACACAUCGGCCGCAUUACUAUACACCGGAAGCGGCUUCAUGGGCGUAAUAGCUACAAUAGUGAUGGACUAUUUGCGUGCCUCAAACGAAAACGAAAACGCAAAAAUGACUAAAAGCCUCUGGUUCGAGGGAAUUAUUGUGCUCAUAGCCGGAUUUUCCGUGUUAUUUUAUAAUUCGCGAGAUCUUCGAUGGGAUGCUGAGCAGCGGGGUAAUUCGCAUAUACGUAAUUCUCUACCGAAUGAUUAA